AUGUCUUUUCUUGAGGAUUAUGAGGUGUUGUGUUCUAUUGGUUCUGGCUCAUUUGGAACAUGCCAGAAAAUCAAAAGAAAGUCUGAUGGCAAAAUUCUGGUGUGGAAGGUGGUGAGGUACAAGUCCAUGAAGCCACAUCAACUAAGGUGUCUGCUGUCAGAGGUUAAGAUCCUGAAGGACCUCAACCACCCAAAUAUCGUCCAGUAUGUUGAUCACUUUUUAGACUGUGAGAGGAAAAAGCUCUACAUUGUGAUGGAGCACUGUGAGGGUGGAGAUCUGGACACCCUCAUUCAGCACUACAAAAGUAGAGGGAAGUUUCUGUCUGAGAACUUCGUACUUCACAUUCUGUUGCAGUUGUGUUCUGCACUGAAGCACUGUCACAAACGGCCGGACAAAAGUGUUGUGUUGCACCAUGAUUUGAAACCAGCAAAUGUUUUCCUGGACAAGAACUUGAAUGUGAAGCUGGGCGACUUUGGUGUGGCCUACGUCCUCCCCAGCAAGGACCAUGUCUGCAGCGGUCAAGCUGGGACUCUUCUUUACAUGAGUCCGGAAAAGGUGACUAAAAUGCUGUCCGAUGAGCGAUCAGACAUCUGGGCUUUGGGGUGUCUGAUAUACGAGCUGUGUGCCUUCGUGCCUCCAUUUACUGGUGGACAAGGGAAGAAGCUGGAAGACUGCAUCAGUAGUGGAGCAUUUAGGAGAAUCCCCGUCCACUAUUCCGACUUCCUGUACUCCAUCAUUAGGGACAUGCUGCAAGUCACGGUCAGCAGGAGGCCGUCGGCAGCAGACAUCAUUAAGCGGCUGACUGACAAAUGUAUUGAAGACUCGAGGUCACGCCAUCCUGAUCGUCAUCUUCCACAGCCUGUGUCUGUGAAACACAUCAGUCCCAAGAAAAAACAAGCACAGGCUCCACAGAAGAAGGCGGGCACAGCUGUGAAUGUGAGUGUUACCACCAACAACCAGAGAGUUCAUGUUGAGAGUGAGGAAGACAAGGAGGAUGACACCUCUGACCUAGAAGUGGUCAGUGUAGAGAAGGAACUUGCAUACUUUCCUCCAGAAAGAACAUCCUGCAUUGCCCAUAGUCUACAACUAGUGCUGAGACCAGAAGAUCUGCUCAUGAAGUCGGCUGUCAUUCAUCAUAGCGGGGUGAACCAUGACGUGAUGACACACUCGAUGCUCUGGUGCUUGGCUUCAACCAGGACUCUGACUGAUGUGGAGGAUACUCCUCAGGCAGAGUUGGUGGAAUUGCUCCAGGGUCUCCAGGUGGCGGCAGUAGGUAGUCCAGGCCUCCGAUCCUUACAGCAGGAUUGGCAUGACAACAGCUUCACUAAUGAGGAUUUUCGUCUUGUGUCGAGGGUAGACCCAGGACAAGGUCUGCCCUGUCUAGCCUGUCUUUAG